CUUAUAAAGGGCGCCUUGAUUACUUCCUGCAUGUAAGAUGGGGCGAGUCUUUUUUCGCUAUUGCCUAUCAAACUCCAAGAUCGUGACUUUUAUCUUGUCUAGCUAUUAUUAAAGAGGGGGAACUGUCAUUGAACGCAUUGUUUUCUUUAAUAUUACAAUAUACUACUGGUACGUGGAAACUCUACCACCACAGGAUGAUGCAAGGAGGGAGCAUGCAUCAAGGUACCGACUGGAGGAUAACAGCAGACGACAGAGCCAAGCAUGAUAGUCAAUUCAACCAGCUCAAGCCGGUCAAUGGUUUCAUUACUGGUGAUGCUGCAAGAGGUUUCUUCAUGCAGUCAGGGCUGCCACAACAAGUACUAGGUCAUAUAUGGAUGUUGUCUGACAUGAACUCUGAUGGCAAACUUGACAAGCUGGAGUUCUCCAUCGCCAUGUAUCUCAUCAAGAAGAAGCUGAGCAGGGUAGAGCUCCCCAGGACGCUACCAGCGAGUCUCAAGCAAGCUCCAGCCCCUGCAAUGCCUGGCUUCGGUGUUCAACCAAUUGGAAUGGUGAGGCCAAUGCAAGGCUUUGGUGCCAUGCCAGCAGGAGGGAUGCCUGGUGUAGGGGUGAUGCCAGGUGCAGGCAUGCCAGGUGCAGGGGGGAUGCCAGGUGCAGGGAUGCAACCAGGCGGCUUCAACACUCUACCAAACAGACCAACACCUAAUAUGGGAGGUUUUGGAGCAGGUACUGCCCAGCAGAAUGCAAUGGCAAGAGCAGGAACGGUUCAGGGUUCUCCAGAGAGGGCGCGUGCCUCUUCCAUAAAUGCUGACUGGGGUGUACCGCACAACUCGAAGCUCAAGUUCACCCAGAUGUUCAACACACAGGAUAGGACCAGGAGUGGGUUCUUGACGGGGGCUCAGGCCAGGAACAUCCUGGUCCAGUCUGGCCUAGGACAGGCCCAUCUAGCACAGAUCUGGGGUCUCUCUGAUGUGGACAAUGACGGGAGACUGACUUGCGAGGAGUUCUGUGUGGCACUCCACCUGGUUGACAUGGUCAAGACGGGGAAGCCCCUCCCCGCCAAGCUACCCCCUGACCUUGUACCCCCAUCCUACCGGCGAGGCCGCUCCUCUAGCAUAACCUCAUCGGGGGCAGGAGGGGCACCCCCUACCCCUGCCCCAGCCCCUGCCAUGCCCACCGCCAGCAUGAUGGCUAGUCUCGGUGGUAUGGGCGGGGCACCCGUGGGUGGUACCAUGCCAUUUGGCGGGGCCUCGUUGGUGGGAGGCGCAAUGAUGGGUGGAGGUGGGGGUGGUGGUGGUGCGAUGCCCGGUGCGAUGCCCGGUGCUAUGCCCGGUGGUAUGCCCGGUGCAAUGCCUGGUGGUAUGCCAGGUCAGGGGGGGUUCGGGGCUCCUCUCUCCCCUGCCCUUGUUCAGCAGCAGAGUGUGGAUGAGCAGCAGCUACCCCUGGAAGAAGAAAAGAAACUAACGCCAGUAUCAUUUGAAGACAGAAAGAGGCAGAACUUUGAGAAGGGUCAGCAAGAACUUGAAAGAAGGAGAGCAGCCUUGAGAGAAGUCCAAGAAAGAGAAAAGGAAAGGCAGAGGGAAAUUGAAAGGCAUGAGCAAGAGAGGAAAGAAAGAAUAAGGUUGGAGCAGGAGAGACGGAGACAGCUGGAGUUGGAGAGAAUGAUGCAGAAGCAGAGAGAGAUUGAAGCUGAGAGAGAAGCUCAAAGGAUGAAGUUAGAACAGCAGAGAGAGGCCGCGAGGAGAGAGCUGGAGAGGCAGAGGCAGAUGGAGAUUGAGAGACAGAAGAGACAAGAACUGGAAGCCAAGAGGAUCAAAUCUCAGGAGGAGGUUUGUCAUCUCAAGGCAACCAGGAAGACGCUAGCGUGUGAGAUCGAGACACUGGAGGACAAGAAGAAUCACCUAAAUAUGAAACUCAGUGAGAGUCAGAACUUUGUGAAAGAACAUCAGACAUCAAUCAUUCUGAUGGGCCAGAACAGGGACGUGAAGGUGGCCGAGAUCGAUCAACUUCAACAGAGGAUACAGGAAGUAAGGCAAUUGAAACAACAGAGAGCACAGCAGAAAGAGGAACUUCAAGUCCAAGCUAAGAAACUCAAUAUCAACACUCAAGUCUCGGAUACAUACGCAGCAGUGAUGACAAGUUACGACAACAAGCAGAAGACACUGGUCAGGAUGAGGGCUGCGCUGGAGGAGGUCGAGAGGAAGACUGCAUCUAGUCUGCAGGACACUGACAACAAUCACUCAAAACUUUCUGAAUUAAAAGCAAAUUUGGUGAGAGAGCAGAACGAGACUGAUCAGUUGCAGAAGCAAUUAAAAGCCAAAAUGACUGACUUCACCGUCAUGAAGAAGCGCCUAGAGGACCAGAAGAAGCUUGCACUCGUCAAGCAGAACCAGCAGAAUCAAAAAAUAAGGCACGACGUCAUGCAGAAGAAGAAGGAAGAGGAUGAGAGUAAGAAGAAAUUUGAUGCCAUCAGGCUAGCCCAGCAGCAAGCAGAAAAAGAGAAAGCAGAGUCAGAGAAGAGGAGAAAAGAAGAGGAAGAGAAGAAAAGAAAGGAGAGUGCCAAGAAAGCUGAUCCAUUUGCUGCAUUUAGCUCCGCUGAUAAUGACCCGUUUACUUCAGCAUUUGACAGCAAUGAAGGCACAAAAACAGAUCCAAGUGACCCCUUCGCUGCAUUUUCAGGUACUGGCUCAGUGCAAUCAACCAAACCGGAUUCAGAGAAGAAAGAUCCCUUCGGAACUUUUGCAGAUUUCUCCACAUCCUCAUUUGACUUUGGUCAACCUUUCAAGCCACAACAAUCGUCCACAACUUCCAGUAGUGCAACAACAACAACAACAACAAGCUCCGCCAGUCUUGCCACUUCUUCUUUCACUCCAACACCGCAACCACGAAGAGUAACGGCGCCCUCUACGAAUGCGGCGAUUAAGCAGCCCUCCUCGCAGCAGAGUCCGCUCACGAUUCAACCAACAGUGGAAGCGGUCGUCGCGUCCCAACCAGAGAAUUCGUCAGCUCGAGAAGCGCCCUCAACGACGAAGCCAGCUCCACUGCCCAAAGAUCUCAAGACGGUGCUGUCACAGUACAAAGCCCUCUAUCAAUUUGAUGGAGAAGGACCUGAUGAGUUGUCCAUCAAACCAGGGGACAUCAUCUUGGUUGGUAAGAACCAAGGAGGUGAACCAGGUUGGCUCGGCGGUGAACUUGAGGGAAGGACAGGAUGGUUCCCUGAGAAUUAUGCAGAGAAACUACCCUCUCCACCCACCACGCCUAGGAAACCAGAAAACAAUGGUGUCAUCGGAAAGGCUGAUGCGCCAAGCUGGUCUAGCUUCGGAGACACAAAGAAGAGCGUUGAGGUGAAGCAGCAGUCUGCUCCUACCCCUGCUGCCGUCUCCGCUGCGAUCUCCACCACAGCAGCCAGCCUGACCUCCUCCGCUCCGGCCGCAUCCUCCAGUCUUACGCCCUCUCCAGCUCCAGCAAAUGCAGCGCCGGCCGCAACGUCCAGUCCGUCCCCCGCCCCCUCAUCUCAGGAACCGACAACGCCCCACUCCACGCCCGUCUCCGAGAUCGAGUCCACUCCAGCCCCCUCCUCCAGGUCCGUCGCGUCACUCACCGCCGCCUUUAGUGCUGCUGCGGUGGCCAGCACAGUCCCGCAGGUCAGCAAGCCAAAGCCCAUCGAGAAGGAGCAGGUAGCCAGCACUGACCAGGCCGUAACGGACGAUCCGGUUUACGAUGUGAUAGGGGAUAGCGAUUCCAAAGUACCGGCAGCCGAUAGUCCUUCAUCUUUCACAAAGGUUGUACCUCAGACAGGAGCCACUCCGUCACCUGUUCCAAAUCAGGGUACGAUACCACCGGCCGGUACCAAGGUGAAGGCCCUCUACGACUGGGAUGCUAAGAAAGACAACCACCUGUGUUUCAAAGCCGGUGCCACCAUUACCGUACUGGAGAAGCAGGAUAUGUGGUGGUCUGGUGAGAUAGAUGGCAAGCAGGGCUGGUUCCCCAAAGCCCACGUCCUUGAUGAGUCACAACCAGAGGGCAGAAACCACAACUUCCGCAACUCCGCUGACAGCGAUGCCAUCUACGCCAACACUCCCAAACCCCAGCCCGACGAGCCGUUCGCCUUGUAUGCCAACACCCCAAGGUGACCAAGCAACCGAGCCCUCCGCCAACAUCACUGCGGCAGCAGGUGCUAAAGGCUCCAGUAGUUGCCGCAACUGUGGCAGCAACACAAGAGAAUAGCGUCCCA